AUGAGAUCAUCAGCGUCCGUCGACAACGGCAACCACGGGGCAACGACGGUAAACCCCAGGAGGGCCGCCGAUGACGACAGGACGAUGGCGCGAAGUCCUGCGGAAAAAAAUGCCGAUGGUGGUACGGUCGUGGACGUGAGGCUGUUCAAAUCGAUUGGAGUUUACCAGCUGCUGCACCCAGUCGAAUGCGGCAUCGACGCUGUCCUGUGGCGGACGGUCGCACUGGUGGUCGUAUGCCUGACGCUCGGGCUGCAGUCGAUGCAAGUGUGCCGGCUGUACCUGGCCCGUCACGACUUCCAGAUGUUCGCCAACAUGGCCGUAUUGGUCAUCAACGGGCUCAUGUGUUUGUUCAAGGGCUACUUGGUGGUAGUCAACGCGGACCGGAUGUGCGCCACCCUGGACGCGGCCCGGUACACGUUCACCGGUUGCGGAAGCCACGACCCGUCCGAGCUGCGCCGGUGCAAGGUCACGCUGACGGUCAUCCUCCGCACGUUCGUUGCGCUCAGUUUCGGCACGCUGUUCGUGUGGGUGAUCAUUCCGUGGUUCAUGACGUCCGAGUACGACGACCAGCCCGUCGUCUGGGCAGUGGUGUACGUCGUCGAAUCCAUCAUACUCACCGUCAACGUGUUCUGCUGGACGUCGUUCGACUGUUACCUGGUAACCAUGUGUUUCGUGUUCGACGCCCUGUUCCGCACCAUGUCCACCGGUUACGGGACGCUGGGCCGUUGUCGGUCGGGUGUCAAAUCAUCGGCGGGUCAACGGUUCGAUACCGUGGCCGUGAUAAGCGAAACACCCAUAGUAGAUGACGACUACUACAAUUUGACAAGUCACAUUCUUGACAAUAAAAAUAUAAUCAAACAGUACGAUGCAUUUUUCGACGUCGUUCGACCUAUGGUUCUGAUUCAAAUAGCUGAUGGGUCAUACUCAAUAAUCACGUUGAUAUUUCUCAUAUCGUUGUCGUAUAUCAAGGGUUAUUCUAUAGUGUCAGCGCCAAUUUUGAAAUUUUUUUGCGGAUUGGCUUCACUCACCCUUGAACUGUACAUUUAUUGUUACGGGUUCAACCACAUAGAAAAUGGGAAAUCCACGGUGAAUUUUGGACUUUAUAGCAGCAAUUGGACAGAGAUGGAUUUAAAAUAUAAAAAAACUUUGUUAUUAGCUAUGACCAUGAACUCUGCUCACAAGCGAGUGAUGAAAGUAUCACCAAAUUCCAUCGUAAAUCUGGAAAUGUUCUCCAGGGUGAUGAACAUGUCAUAUUCGAUAGUAACCAUAUUACUAAAUUAUUAAGUGUUCUUAUCAAGCAAGUACCUAGGUUCCUAUAGCUAGC